GAUGUGAGAGCACAGGAGGAAACAUCGCAUGGAAACAGCACCACGCAGGGGACACACAGGCACAGACACAGUAGCUGAACCGCGGGGCUUAAAAACCCCCCACACUACUCUGUUAAAGCUUGAGUUGGGACUGAACAAAGUGAAAGAGUGGUUGACAAAAACCAACACGAACUGACAAUGUGUGCUCGCAGCCCAGAAAGCCAAAGGUGUCCUGAGCUACUUGCAAAGAUUCUGCUCCUUUCCCCCGUCCUUGUGAGAGCCCACCUGGAGCACUGUGCAGUUCUGUGUCCCCAGCACGAGAAGGACACGGAACUGUUGGAGCAAGUCCAGAGGAGGCCACCAGGAAGUUGUGUUAUACUUCCCCUGCCAGAGAAUGUGAAAGAAUAUUUGCUGGAUGAUGGAACACUGGUGGUUUCUGGAAGGGAAGAUCCGCCAAGUCAUGCUCAGGAGGGGAGUGAUGAUGCAGAGGAGAUACAGUGGUCGGAUGAUGAGAACACUACAACACUUAAGGCACCAGAAUUUCCAGAGUUCACAGCUAAAGUUCAGGAAGCAAUAAGUUCCUUGGGUGGAAGUGUUUUUCCUAAACUGAACUGGAGUGCUCCAAGGGAUGCCUACUGGAUAGCAAUGAACAGCUCUCUGAAAUGUAAAGCUCUCAGUGACAUCUUCCUCCUCUUCAAGAGUUCAGACUUCAUAACUCGUGACCUCACUCAGCCAUUUAUUCACUGUACUGAUGAUUCCCCUGAUCCUUCCUUGAACUAUGAGCUUGUUCUUCGUAAAUGGUGUGAACUAAUCCCUGGUGCAGAAUUCAGAUGCUUUGUCAAGGAAAACAAGCUUUUAGGUGUAUCACAGAGGGACUACACCCAGUACUACGAUCAUAUCUCUAAACAACACGAGGAGAUCUGUAGAUCCAUAUAUGAGUUUUUCAAGAAACACAUACAGUAUAAAUUCUUGGAUGAAGACUUUGUUUUUGAUGUGUACAGAGACAGCAGGGGUAAGAUUUGGUUAAUAGAUUUUAACCCAUUUGGUGAAGUAACAGACUCUCUGCUCUUUACAUGGGAAGAACUCACCUCUGGAAAAAACUUGAAAGGAGACCAGAGCGAAGGGGAAGCAACAGAACAGGAUUAUCCAGUGUUCCGUUGUACGAACAGCAAAGUCACCGUCCAGCCCAGUCCCUACCUGAGCUACCGACUGCCCAAGGAUUUUGUGGACCUUUCCACAGGAGAGGACGUUCACAAAUUGAUUGACUUCCUUAAACUGAAAAGAAAUCAACAAGAUGAUGACUGAGGUACCCAGAAGUAUUACAUUGAAUUAGAAGCAAGAAAUGUGGCAUAAGCUGUAUUUAGCAUAGCUAUUAAACUAUUGAUUUAAAGAAAACCUGCUUUUUAUAGUCAGUGAAAGAGCUGAAGAGAUGUUCAUCUUCUUUGUCUGUUGGUUUAUACAAAAGUAGGGAAGCUUUAGGGACACACAAAAGGUCAGGGUGAAUUCUCAAGGGAUUCAAGGUGCAAAGAAGCAACAGCAGCAGCUGAACGCUUUCCAUUUUUCAUAAUGUGAAGAUUGAUGCCACUGAGCUACACCUUUGGACUCCCCAGUGUAAAUAUGGCAACAUGUAAUGCUUGUGCAGUGAAAACAUGGAGCAUUCUCUGAAUUUAGGCACAGUCUUGCUUAAUAUGUAGUCACAAAGAAAAAGGAAUGUACAUUUUUAUCUGCAGUAACCUUUGAAAAUUGUAAAUUGAUUUUGUUUUGGGAGCACUUCUCAUCCUUUAUGUAAAAAAAUAAAUGGAGAAAGGAUUUUUUUCAUUGUUACAAGGGCUAAUAUUUCAUUUCAGAGAACAGCUAUAGCUAUAGUAGACUACUUAAGAUUUGAAAGUUUUACAUACUGGGAAUUUGAAAUUCUGAAUGCGUUUAAAGUAAAGUAGUAUUUUCACAGUCGCUAAAGCAACAAAAUUCAUUUAACUUCACCAAAUUUCAUUUCAUUUUCAUAGUAAAGCUUUCUUGAAACCUGUUUUUUAACAUGAUUGCAUACUAGACAUCAUCUGUGACUUUAAUAUACAUAAUUAACAUCAACCUAUAAUUUUAUAUGCAUACUCAGUCUUGUUUCUUUUGUGUCACAUCUCUGAGUUUCUUAUGAAAGCAAUUAUUCUUUCAGCUUUAAAAUUCUGUAUUCAUUUGUACUUCAUGUUUUUUGUAUAAAGGGAAGCUUAGCUAAAUCUGGGGAAACAGAAGCUCUUGUUACCAAUUGCUGUUGUUUGGGAGGUGGGGGAGGACAGUUUUAGGUGAAUCACCAGCUGACUUUUGGAUAUAGGUGUUUAUAUGGCAUCAGUAUUUUAUUAACAGUGUGCAGAGUUCCCAUUGAAACAAAAGGAUAUUUGAAGGAGCUCAUAACCCCUGGAAACUGGUUCCCAUUUCAAACCAGUUAUGUGAUUCUCUGUGUGUGUGUAUAUAAAGCUGUUUAUGUUUCUUUGCCUUGCUUUUGCUGUCAGAUUGGAAUGGUGCUUGGUUACAAUCUGUUCUUGGAUGUUAAAUCUGAGCUAAAUUGUUAAAUUAUUAGUUACUGUCUUUAUUUAGCUUCACUUUUGAAUGAAAACCUACUCGAAUUAAAGAUUAUGCAGAUUAAGAAUCCA